AUGCUGGCUCCAGGAAAAAUGGAAGAAAUAGCAACUGAACUAAGAAAAUAUGAGGUGGAUGUAGCAGCCAUACAAGAAAUUAGAUGGAAAGAACAGGGAAUUAUAAACAAAAAAGAGUACACCCUCUUAUACUCAGGAAACGAGAAACAAGGGCAAGGUGGGACAGGUUUUAUAGUAAGCAAAAAACUAAAAGACAAUAUAAUAGACUUUAUGGCGGUAAACGGGAGAAUAGCGUAUUUACGAAUAAAAGCAACCCCCUUUAACCUAUCAGUCUUAAACGUGUAUGCACCAACAGAAAAUGCUGAAGAAGAAGAAAAAGAAAAACUAUAUGAGAAUCUGGAGAAGGAAAUCGAAGGAAUACCCAAGGAAGAUAAAACUAUAGUACUGGGGGAUUUUAACGCACAGAUAGGUCAAGAAGAUUACAUAAAACAAGUUGCAGGAAAACAUACAGUACACAAUGUAACAAAUGAUAAUGGAACAAGAUUGUGCAAUUUAGCUAUAAGUACGAAUAUGGUCAUAAGCAGCACCAAAUUCCAGCAUCCGAACCACCACAAAGUGACUUGGAGUGCCCCGGACAACAAAACAUUCACGCAAAUAGACCAUAUAUUAAUAACAAGAAGGAAACAAAGCUCUGUAAAGGAUGUCCGAACAUUUAGGGGAGCUUGCGCAGAUACGGACCACUUUCUAGUUACAGCAACUAUAAAGCAGAAGUUUAAAAGAUGUAGAAGAGAUGCUAAAAAAAAAGAAAUGGAACAUUGA